AUGGCACAACUUGGAUUUGAUAGAAGAAGAACCAAUGGACCGGAAGAGAGCCUUCCUUAUCUUUACGAUGAAGACUUGCCAGAUAAAUGGUCUUCUGGCAAGCCCAGGAAGAGCAGAGGACCCUCAGAUAUCCGACCCAUUUUCCUCCAGCCGGGCUUAAUCAGCCAGGCCACUGGUUCUGCAUACAUCGAAACCGAACGAACAAAAAUCGCCUGUGCCGUCUAUGGGCCCCGUCAAUCGAAGAAUGUCGCGUUUCAUGAAAAGGGCCGUCUCAACGUCGAAGUUAAGUUCGCACCAUAUUCGUGCUCAGUGCGCAGAGCGCCUAUGCGGGAUGCAGAAGAUAGAUCUGUUGCAAUGGCAAUUCAUCAAGCACUGCUAUCAUCCGUCCGCUUGGAGACUUUCCCCAAAGCUACGAUUGAUAUCUUCAUCACAAUCAUCGAGGAAGAUGGGAUAGAGGGUUGCGUAGCCGCUGGAUCAAUAGCUGCAAGUACCGCACUGGCGCACGCUGGCAUUGAAGUGUUUGGUUUAGUUGUAUCAUGCUCAGCGGCCGUGAUAGGUAGUGAAAUCUGGCUAGAUCCCACUGCGGAGGAAUCAAAACUUUCUACCGGGGCCCUGGUUCUCUCGUGCAUGCCUGCUCUUACGAAUAUCACGAGUGUUUGGCAAACCGGUGGAAUGACUCCCAGUCAAGUACUUUCGGUGCGCAAACGACAAUCACUUGAAGCUCAUCCAGAAGAAUCUACUGACGAUUUGUCUAGUGCAUUGAAGCGUGUCAAACACGAUGUAAUGAUAUACAUGCUGUCGUGGCGCAGGCACUUCUCGAAGCAGCGAGCAAAACUUGAAGCUUGA